GUCGUGCAGCGCGGUGAACAAAUGGUUAACAAUCUUCAGCGAUUUCCGGAUUUGCUCACUAACGCGUUGUUUUUGUUGUGUGGAGAGAGAGAGAGAGAGAGAGAGAGAGAGAGAGAGAGAGAGAGAGAGAGAGAGAGAGAGAGAGAGAGAGAGAGUAUAUCUGAAUCAAGGCAGCCGGGCCAGCGAGCAGGAGAGAGACAGAGAAAGCUCUUCGAUGCAGAUUCAUUGCCCAGAGGAAAUCGGCUACAGCAGCAAGCAUCCUCCAUUGAAAAGCGACAAGACCGAUUGACCGACAAAACCGCCGCCCGUUCAAUACAAUAAUAUUAUUAGAAACAGAGAGAGACAGAGAGAGAGACAGCGAGAGACAGACUGUCUCAUACACACACACACACACACACACACACACACAGAAAGAAAUCUGAUAACCGGAGUCAUACAGUAUUUAUCACAUCAACCUUUAAAACAAGACGGACGCAUUGAAGAUCUGCUAUAUGCAUAUGUAAUGUGCAAUUAUAAAGGAUCGAUCAAAACACAAACUGUGGAGUGACUGAAGGAUUGCUUUGGACCUGUGCGUCUAUCUAUCUAUCUAUCCAUCCAUCCAUCCAUCCAUCCAUCCAUCCAUCCAUCCAUCUCUGUGUGUGUAUAGACAGGCGUGCGUUCUGUAUUUCAAGGGCUAGACUAACUAUAUGGCCCACAGUAUAGACUCAAGGUGUUGAGAGAGAGAGAGAGAGAGAGAGAGAGAGAGAGAGAGAGAGAGAGAGAGAGAGAGAGAGAGAGAGAGAGAGAGAGAGAGAGAGAGAGAGAGAGAGAGAGAGAGAGAGAGAGAGAGAGAGAGAGAGAGAGAGAGAGAGAGGAGGGGGCGAGGGUACGUGUGUUUUUUAUUUGCCCCCCGCUACCCACCCCUCUACGGGGUUUAAAGCUCAUCACUCAUCUCGGUUUUGACAGAUUCAAGCGGGUUGGAUGGACAGCCCAAGCAGCCAAAAGGCACGCCGAGCAUCAGUGAGCGCAUCCCGGAGCGGCGAGUCUGAGCGCAGUCGCUGUCUGUGGCGUCAGCGCUCUCGUGUGUGAGCGGUUCUGCUAAUCUCGGGCUGCGGGGACCGUCCUGCUCCUUCAAACACCAGAAGAAAACUCUGCAGGACAAGAGUCUGAGCAAGAACAACAACCAUCACUUUGUUUUCAUUUUGAUUUUUCAAUUGCAUCUAUACUCAGCAACAUUUUUUUGGUCCCGUACAUUAUUUCUUCAUUGGAUCUCUUUAUAAAUAUAUUUAUAGCAUUUUUAUAUUCCAGUAUAUCUAUCCAGAUAUGUAUCUAUCUAUCUAUCUAUGUAUAUAGAUAGAUAGAUAGAUAGAUAGAUAGAUAGAUAGAUUACAUUCCAGGACUUUUUUUUCCUCCCUGGAAAGAAGAUUAAAAACUGUUGAAAUUCUUACUUCCUCUCUUCCUUCUCAUCCUCACUUCCGGGGGGAACCCUCCACAGAAUCCCGAUGUCUCAGAGGUACGAUGAACUGGCGCAUUACGCCGGGAUGGACGCGGUGUCGCUAGCCGGGUUCGGAGACCCCCACGGCGGCAGGACUCUGCAGCAUCACCCGCUGAGCCAGGGGUCUCCGUACGGUCACGGUGGGCCUCACAGAGCGGGGCUGCCGCUGGGAAUGGGUGCUAACGACGUCAUGAAGAGAGAGAAGGACGAGAUCUACGGGCACCCGCUGUUUCCUUUACUCGCCCUCAUAUUUGAGAAGUGCGAGUUAGCUACCUGCUCCCCGCGGGACGGCUCCGGAUCCUUCCCCGGGGGAGACGUCUGUUCCUCGGACUCCUUCAACGAGGACAUCGCGGUCUUCGCCAAGCAGAUACGCUCAGAAAAACCGUUAUUUUCUUCGAAUCCUGAAAUUGAUAACUUGAUGAUUCAAGCCAUACAAGUCCUUCGAUUCCACCUGCUGGAGUUAGAAAAGGUUCACGAUCUCUGUGAUAAUUUCUGCCAUCGCUACAUCACCUGUCUGAAGGGGAAGAUGCCCAUUGAUCUAGUGAUGGACGAUCGGGACGGGGGCUCCAAAUCAGACAUGGAGGAUUUCACUGGGUCCUGCACCAGCCUGUCUGACCAGAAUCACUCCUGGAUCAGGGAUCAGGAAGAUGUCGCCUCCACUCACUCAGGCACCCCCGGGACCCUCCAGCAGCGGCCUGGCGUCCCACAGCGGAGACAACUGCAGCGAGCAGGACCCCCUGGAUCACAGCGCUGCCUCCCCCAGCACCGGCGAUGACGACGACCUCGACAGAGACAAGAAGAGGAACAAGAAGAGAGGGAUCUUCCCCAAAGUGGCAACCAACAUCAUGCGAGCCUGGCUGUUCCAGCACCUUUCGGU